AUGGGUGAAUGGAAAGAUGUGUGCAAGCAGGCUAGUAGCGCCACUGGGAUGUGUGGAUGGAAAGAUGUGCUCAAGCAGGCUAGUAGCGCCACUGGGAUGGGUGAAUGGAAAGAUGUGUGCAAGCAGGCUAGUAGCGCCACUGGGAUGGGUGGAUGGAAAGAUGUGCUCAAGCAGGCUAGUAGGGCCACUGGCAUUGGUGGAUGGAAAGAUGUGUGCAAGCAGGCUAGUAGCGGCACUGGGAUGGGUGGAUGGAAAGAUGUGCUCAAGCAGGCUAGUAGGGCCACUGGAAUGGGUGGAUGGAAAGAUGUGCUCAAGCAGGCUAGUAGCGCCACUGGGAUGGGUGAAUGGAAAGAUGUGUGUAAGCAGGCUAGUAGCGCCACUGGGAUGGGUGGAUGGAAAGAUGUGCUCAAGCAGGCUAGUAGGGCCACUGGGAUUGGUGGAUGGAAAGAUGUGUGCAAGCAGGCUAGUAGCGGCACUGGGAUGGGUGGAUGGAAAGAUGUGCUCAAGCAGGCUAGUAGGGCCACUGGGAUGGGUGGAUGGAAAGAUGUGUUCAAGCAGGCUAGUAGGGCCACUGGGAUGGGUGGAUGGAAAGAUGUGCUCAAGCAGGCUAGUAGCGCCACUGGGAUGUGUGGAUGGAAAGAUGUGCUCAAGCAGGCUAGUAGGGCCACUGGGAUGGGUGGAUGGAAAGAUGUGUUCAAGCAGGCUAGUAGCGCCACUGGGAUGUGUGGAUGGAAAGAUGUGCUCAAGCAGGCUAGUAGGGCCACUGGGAUGGGUGGAUGGAAAGAUGUGUGCAAGCAGGCUAGUAGCGGCACUGGGAUGGGUGGAUGGAAAGAUGUGUGCAAGCAGGCUAGUAGCGCCACUGGGAUGGGUGGAUGGAAAGAUGUGCUCAAGCAGGCUAGUAGCGCCACUGGGAUGGGUGGAUGGAAAGAUGUGCUCAAGCAGGCUAGUAGCGCCACUGGGAUGGUUGGAUGGAAAGAUGUGCUCAAGCAGGCUAGUAGGGCCACUGGGAUGGGUGGAUGGAAAGAUGUGUGCAAGCAGGCUAGUAGCGCCACUGGGAUGGGUGGAUGGAAAGAUGUGCUCAAGCAGGCUAGUAGCGCCACUGGGAUGGGUGGAUGGAAAGAUGUCUGCAAGCAGGCUAGUACUGCCACUGGGAUGGGUGGAUGGAAAGAUGUGCUCAAGCAGGCUAGUAGCGCCACUGGGAUGGGUGGAUGGAAAGAUGUGCUCAAGCAGGCUAGUAGCGCCACUGGGAUGGGUGGAUGGCUAAAUUAUGUCAUACAUUGUUUACCUAAGCUACGUGUUAAUAAAACAAACAUGUUCAGUAUGUGA